UCGCGCUGUGAACUGUGAAGCAGCAGCAGCAGCACCAGCAGCAGCAGCAGCAGCAGCAAGAGCAGCAGUUCGUAUAGCUAAGCACAGUCUUGUUGUGAAGUUCUCUCGUGAGGCUUGCCAGACGUGAGGCAGACAGAGGCGCUGUUAGUCAAGGCCCUGCUGAGCGCUCGAGCUUUUGUGUCCGCACGAACUCUUCAACGGCACAGAAAAUAUACCAGUUUUCUCUGUAAUCACUCAAAGCUUAUGUGUAACUGUAGUUAUCUUUGAACAAGAUGGAUCAAAAAUGAUUGAGUGAGAGCAACGAAAAUUACUUGUUGUAACGUCGUUCCUCAGUGCCUGCGGUCUUUGAUUUCAGGUGACAAGUGUCACUACGGACAAAUAUCAGUAGGAUUUAUCUGUGGGGUUUUGCUACCGCUAAUUUACCGUUGUCAUCAUGUCAUCGAGCGUAAGAUGGCUUAUGUUGGUGACGGUUGUCACCUUGACGUCCCAGUCUUCAUUUGGUUCACAGUCAUGCAGCCCAGAUAAGCUCACAGUUUACCGGGUUUACCUCAACACAAUGUGGAGCCGGGAAGUUUUUCCCAAGCAGUACCCUGAGUGGCGGCCUCCAGCACAGUGGUCCCAAAUUAUAGGCCGGUCGCACAACAGCAGCUACGAGCUUUUCAAGGUGGGCGCCAAGGUGUCCCCGGGCCUGAAAAUAUUCGCUGAGCAAGGGGACACCAACCUGCUGGACCAGGAGAGUCAGGGCGAAGGCGGCGUCUUCGAUGAGUUCAAUGCGCCGCCCAUCACAGAAGGGACAGGGCAGAGCGAGGCUGAGUUCUUCAUCGACGGAAACCAUUCAUUGGUGUCGCUGGUGGCCCGAGUUGUGCCCUCCCCCGACUGGUUCAUCGGCGUGGAGUCCUUCAACCUCUGCGUCGAGGGCUUGUGGCUGGAGUCUGUUAUCUUGGAGGUGGAUCCCAUGGACGCAGGAUCGGACAACGGCUUCACAUUUACAUCCCCCAACUGGCCGACCAUCCCCCAGCAGCCCGUGAGUCGCAUCACCGCUCAGAGCCCCGACCAUCCCGCCAACUCAUUCUUCUACCCCGACCGUCUGCAGCAUCCACCCAUCGCUACCUUCCAGUUCGUCAAGGUACGUGAGUACGAACUGGCGCGUGAGUUCGACGCGUCGCCGUCGCCCGUACGACAAGUCUACCACCAGACGUCAGGUGACCGCACAACCUACGCGGUAGAGCAAGGCGGAGGCGCUGUAGCGGCCGCUGCUCGCCGACCUCACCCGCGCUACGAAGAUGACUUUGUUGUGAGUAACGACGUGCUCCCUGCAGCAGUGUCUGCCGCGUCCGUUGGCCCCGGGUCUUCUAAGCAUGCCCUCAUCAACAACAUUAUGAACAAAAUCUCCAAGAGAAGAUAUAAGAAAAACAGGCGAGGCAGGAAGAUGGCAACACAGCGGCCGCGGCGGGACUGCGUGGUGAGCGAGUGGACCGAGUGGUCGCCGUGCUCUAAAACUUGCGGCAUCGGUGAACAGGUUCGGACCAGGGAGGUGAAGAAGCACGCGCGUCGCCAGGGUCGGCCGUGUCCACUGCUGAGCGAGGCUCAGUGGUGCGGGUCAGCCCGGGACUGCAUAGACCACAAGUACUUCGACUGGUGAACGCCAUCACUCACUGUAUUAUAAACAAUUAUUAAUUAAAAUAAUCCAAAGUUAAAACAUGAUCAUCCAUAAUCCAGUUUAAAAGUUUUCAUUCGCAGAAUUUUCAGUAUGAAUUAAAGAUGAUAAGUUUGAGAUUAACAAUAUAGAACAUUCUUAAUUUUUCCCUUCCAGUAAUUAAUUUCAACGCGAAUAAAAAUUUCUUGAAUGUGUAAGUUUUGACGCGCAAUUCAAAUUAAAGUUCGCAGUUUAUGAAUGGGGUUAAAAAUCCACACGGUGACCAGACUACAUUAGCUGGAAUUCCAUAUUUAAUGAAUCAAAUAAAUGGAAGAACUAAUUAAUUAUGGAAAAUAAAAUUCUGUAAGUUUAUAAGAGGUUCCUGUACAACCUUAUUGAGAAGGAUUAAAAUGUUGUAAUAUACUUCCUGGAAAACUUGAUAAAAUUCUUAGACAAGUAAAAUAAUAUUUGAAGAAUCCCAGAAAAAAAAUUUUGAUUAACCAAUUUUUAUCAAUGGUAAUUAUAUGGUCGAAUGCCCAGAGUUAGGUCAGUAACGCUAAAUAUUUUUCCGUAAUUUUAUAAGCGAAUAACAUCAUUGGUUUUUAGCGUCCUAAUGAAUAACGUUUUGAAACGAAACAUUGUUGCUACAAGAGCGAAUUAGGAAAACUUUAAUGCGUGCUAAUUUCUAAAAUUUAAUGGACAUCGUUUUUGUGCGAUUAUAUCGUUUGGAAUGUUGAUGAGUAAUCAUGUUUAUGUUCGCGAUGGAGAUUACUAGGAAAUGCUAACAUAAGCUUGGACUGUAACUAUAAUGUUAAGAAAUGUCGUAAGUAAAAGGUCAAUUUUCUAUUCACUGGACGGUCAAUUUGCUACAUUCAGAUACCAAAAUGAAAUCAUUGAAAGUCUACUUUUUCUAUUGGUUAAUAUGUUUACGCAACCUGAGAAAUUAUUAAUUAAAUUUUUAUUAGUGUUAUUCCAUGGAAUCCCUCCAGGAAAUUAAAUCUCCCAACACGAAUUCAAAAUUAAAAACUCAAUAUUCUCAAAUCAAAAAUAAAAUGACAGGAGUAGUAAUCUAAAAACUUAUUAAGAAUAAUUCAUAAUAAUUAAAGAGUACAUUUCAACGUCAUACACUUUACCUUGCUAUCGAGUUGUAGAUGGAAUUCAAUCAAUCAAUAAUCUUAGGAAAACAAGUUUAAGUAGUUCCCCCUAAAGGUUGAACAGCGAAAGCGAGUGUGUUUGUGACACCAGCCGAAACUGAUCUCCCUGUAAAGAAAUGACCGAAUUUCUGAGCUGUAAAUUUACUGAGAUCUCGACUCUGUUAUUCUCUUCAGUGACUUUAAGAGAACAUUAUUGAGUGUCAGUGCUUCCAUUAUGUAUAUGACGGUUAGCAUAGUUAAAACGCUUCUAGGUCUUUUAGUCGUUAAGGUGUAACCAUGCCAUUGCCUCUGCCAUAUAAAUAGCUUCCGCAUGUAUAAUAGAAUAGAAUAUUUAUUUGA